UUACGACUGCCAUCGAUCGAAUCGAAUUUUAUUGGACCGAAUCGAAUAGAUUCGAUAUAUCAAGAGCGUUGCGACCGUCGGUGCUUUACUUAUAAGAGGCCCGAUUCGAAAGAAAAAACACAUACAUGUCGUCCUUUUUUUCGACGUCGACUCCUAAAACGUCGGAAAUUGCCGCGGCGGUUGCCGCCGACAAGACGAAAGACAACAUAAUGACCGAGUCACCAAGGAAUGACAACACACCGCACUAUCACUUCAUCCAUUCCAUGAUACUCCCAUCCACUGUAAAGAUACAAAAAGACCUGAAGGGACGAAAAUUCAAGGUGCGUUUUGUUUUGUUUCGUUUUUUUGGUUGCGGUUAUUUGUUUGUUUGUUUGGAUUUUUUCAUUUCUUUUCGAUUGGAUGGAUAUCGAAAGUCUAGUGUAUAGGAACAGCUGUCGGUGUUCAAUUGUUAACACCAAGCGAUGCAAGAGAAUAAUACAAUGGUUCUCACGAUAAUGAUAUCAUGUCUGUAUUGAUUUUCUGUGGUUUUUGUGAUUUUUUGGAUGAUAUCGGAUGAUUUGCAUUGAAUUUGUUUGUCAAUGAAUUGUGUAUUUUUGUUGGGCGGGAAACAUGCAACUCAUAGGAACUGCAAGUGAAGCUGACAGAGGCAAUUCAACUGUUGCAGGAAUUUCAAUACUGCACACCGGUAGAAGAAAAUGGAAAUAGCAACAGCGCCGAUCGUGAUGACGAUGAAAAUGAUGUUAAUGGUAGAUCGAUCCACGAAGAGCAGGAUCCAGAUUUAGGCGACGAAGAUGCCACUGCCGUAACACAAGCAACGGAGGAGAGUAUGUCGACUACUGCCGAUGGCGAGAACACACAUAAAAGCAGCAGUCUUGAUGCCGACACUGAUGUUCCCUUUGACGAUCCGCUGACGCGCAUGCCCAUGCACAAGGCUGUCUCAGUAGCGCUCGAUGCCUACAGGAUGACGAUCACACAUCCGGCGAUGGGAAAAUCCAGCAGCAAGGCUGCUUGUGAGCAGGCUCUAUUGUGUAUCGAACAGCUGGUGGUUCGGGAAUAUGUGAGUGGUCGUGCAGGUGGUAAAGACGACGACUCGGCUUCGGGAUCUGCAGCUUUGGCAGCAAGAAGCCGCAAGAAUCAACAUCCCCAGGAGGAGCAUACCGAUACCAAACAAGCACCGUCGACAAUGCACCGGCUCUUGGAGGCCCUGCACGAAUGUAGCAACGUUGCCCAGAAAUUGCCGGCAAUCUUGUCCCACGUUGCUCGUUGCACAAAGGCCGUCAUGACGUCUCCUCGAUGUGGGAUCCACGAGGCAAGCAUGCUAUUUGGAAUCCGAAUCGCUUUUCACUCUUAUCUGGUGACAGAUUACGAACCGUGUCGCAAGGCAUCCAAGGAAGCCCUCUUGGACAUCGUUGACUACUACGUACAACGGCUCGAGAGUUGCCACGAAAGCAAUGUUUCGAAAAGUUUGUGGUACACGGACUGCUACUACAUGCUCAGAUCCUUUGUCAAGCUUAGUUCGAAGGAAAUCGAUGGACUUGACGAGAAGAGUAGUACCACGAAGGCCCCAAAAUCGUAUUUCUCCUGGGAAUCUGCCGACACAGUGGAUUCUCUGUCACUACACAACAAAAUUCUGAGUCUGGAGCUUCAGCUGCAGGCAUUCGAAUGUGCAGGACCAAAGUUUUGCAACGGGGACAAGUUCAUCCAACUGGUGCAGUCACAGAACGGAAGCAUCGCCCUAUUCAAAAACUGUAUGUCCCAGUGCACCCAGGUGGCCUACGUCAGCCAGCAGCUAUUUAUCAUUCUUGCGUACAAGUUCAAGAACCAUAUCAAGGACGAAAUCGAAGCAUUCAUGACCAACGUGUUCUUCAGGGUCCUCGAGUCGGAAAACUCGUCUUACACUCAAAAGGCGGUGGCCCUAGAAUCCUUGCGGUCCCUGUGCAACGAUCCCUUUCUACUCUCUCAGAUAUUUUUGAACUACGACUGCGACUUCGACUCGAUGAAUCUCUAUAAAGAUGUUGUAUUUCACCUUGCCCAGCUUUGCGCUAGGUCGACCAUUGCGUCGUUCACAAGCGCUGCUGGGGGGCGGUCCAAGCAAAAAGAGGCCGAAAAACAGGCCGAACUCAGUCUUGCCGGAAGUGAGGUCUUGGUCACCAUCCUACAAACUUUCUUGAAGGCCCAGGACGUUGAAACCAACGACGAAGAGAUCAUCGACACGGCCGGGAAGAAAAUUCGCAAAGACUUACACAUUGAAGAAGUCAUGAUUUCUCCCACACGACGUGCUGCAAAUUUUGCGAAAUACCGGCAAAAGAACUUGGACUUCAAAACCUCGGCCCUUUCUCCUCAUAGCAAACUCGCAACAGAAAACGGGACUAGUGCGAUCGGGGACGAGUCGGGCGAGAAUAGCUUGUCUUCUGACUACCAAAACGUGGAAAACCCGACCGCGAUAGAAAAUGACACUCGGCGACAAUCUGAAUCCAAAACAGCCGACCCUGAAGACCUUACCGGUACCAUUCUUGGUUUUUUUGAAAAGAAACGGAAUGCCGAACAAAAUCUUGAACUUGGCGUCGUUAAGUUUACGAUGGAUGUGAAGAAGGGCUUAAAAUUCUUCAUCGACAAUGGGUUUGUCACGUGUGAUGCCAACGAUAUUGCGCAAUUCUUCUUGGUCAACAAGGAUCGCCUCGACAAGACCCAAAUGGGAGAAGUACUGGGCCGGGAGCCUGAUGCGCCAUUCAUCAAGGGCCAACCAGACCUCGACCCCGAAAAAGGCGGGCCUGGAUUUUUUUGCCGGAUACUGCACCACUACACGAUGUGCCUUGACUUUACUGACAUGUUUUUUGCCGAGGCUAUUCGGCUGUUUUUGUCGGGCUUCCGAUUGCCGGGUGAGGCCCAAAAGAUUGACCGGAUUAUGGAAAAAUUUGCCGAGCGGUACACCUUCCAGAACCCAGACGUCUUUGCCUCAGCGGACACAGCUUUCAUUUUGGCGUUCUCUGUAAUUAUGCUUAACACGGAUCUUCACAAUCCUUCCAUUAAACCAGAGCGACGCAUGACUAUUGAAUCAUUUCUUCGAAACAACCGCGGUAUAGGCGCGAAUGGAACAGACCUCGACCCAGAAUUCCUCACCGCAAUUUUUGACCGCAUUAAAGAAAAACCAUUUUCUCUCAAGGAGGACGAUGUUGCGAGAGAAAAAGCUGCGGAGGCACCUACGCAAUUACUCGGAGACAAUGGUGGACUUCUUGGUGCGGGGUUGAUCGGGGGGACGACGGCCGAGGAGCGAAAAAAGGCGAAGUUCAAGAAAGAACGAGAGGACAUGAUUAUGGCCACAGAGUUACUAAUCAGACGGAAAAAGGGACGGAGUGCAAAGGCAGAAAGUCUGACAGAUGCUGUUGAUCCCGCGCUGGUGGUCAAGCCUAUGUUUGAUGUGACCUGGGGUGCUAUUCUUGGAACUUUAUCACAGGUCAUGGAGAUCUCGAACGAUGAUCGAGCAAUUGCAGUCAGCCUUAAUGGAUUUGUCUAUGCAAUUCGAGUCUCAGCCCAUAAUAAUAUGUCUCUUGCCCGGGACACAUUUUUGGGCUCUCUUGCGAAAUUUACGUACCUUGGAUCCGUCAAGGAAUUGAAAGGCAAGAAUAUUGAAAUCAUUCGAACGCUGAUUAACGUAGCGGUGACGGACGGAGAAUAUCUCGGUGAAAGCUGGGGUCCCGUUUUACAGUGCAUAUCGCAAAUUGCAAGGAUGCGCAUGUCUGCAUCAGGGCUCGACAACGACGAGACAUUUCUACAGGAUAGCACCCACUCAGGGUCGUCUCGUUCUAAGAAGGAGCAGUCUAGCCGAUCCUUGUUUUCCCGCGAGAGCAAAAUGGAUGUAAUGAAGGAAACAGAAACCGCAAAUUCCAUGAGAGUUUUGAAUACUAUCGGCGAGCAGCUCAUUGACCAGGUCUUUUCAUCGUCUGUGAAACUGUCGGCACCAAGCCUUGCGCUGUUCAUCGAGCAACUGAUCGCAGUCGCCAACUCUGAAAUCGAAGGAGAUUCGAAAAGUGGAAUUACGGGAGUAUCAACAACUGGCUCUAGUUCCAAUCACGGCGAAUCUGGCCCAAGCAUUUUUUCGAUGCAAAGACUCGUUGAGGUGGCUGAUUACAACAUGCACGUCCGACCUCGGCUUGUAUGGGCUGAAAUAUGGAGCCUGAUGGCCGGAUUCUUUACCACGAACGGGUCUCAUAGCAACCCUAUGGUCAGCGUUUUUGCUGUGGAUGCCCUGAAACAAUUGAGCUUAAAAUUUCUAGAGAAACCCGAGGCUUCCGAGUUUCACUUUCAGAAAUUGUUUCUGGAACCAUUUCUGCUGGUUAUGAAAAACAAGGCCACACGACCAGAAACGAGAGAGGUAAUUUUAGCCUGCGUAGAUCAGAUGAUUAACACAAGGGUCAACAAUAUAAAGAGUGGUUGGAGAAUCUUUUUCGAUAUUCUCGCGGUCGGUGCCGGUAAUCCAAACAAGAAAGUGUUUAACCACUCUCUAAGCAUAUUGCAAGGCACGCUCGAUAAACACUUAGAUCGACUUCGGAUUUUCGCAGAAGAGGAAGAUUCACAAGGAAAUCAAAGUUCCUAUUUUGAAGAUUUUCUUGCAAUGUGCAAGGCAUCUCUGUCCUUUAUCGAUCUGAAAGGGUCAAAAUCAUCGCACCCAAUCGGCGUUUCAAUGCGAGCACUCUGCCACACAGCAAUAUAUGCAGAUUUGAUAGCAAGCAAGAGGAUUUCACCACCUAAUCUUGAUUGCCAGUUUGAAGACCCCGAAAUGCUAGGAUACACUUACAAGGGACUUAGCGAGAAAGAGGCAUCUGAAAUGAUGCUUUGGCGUCCAUUGUUUGAGGGCCUUUCAAAGGGAGUAAGAGCGACAACGAGGAGUAGAGAAGGUGAUAUUGGGAAUCUGGUACAGAGUGGUAGUGUACUUGCGGUUCGAGCUAUUCUGCUCCGCCACGGAUCUUCUUUCACUGAUCAUCAGUUAGAAGCAAUUCUGAAUGAUACUAUCAUUCCCACUUUCCAAAUGGCUGUUGAGAACGACAAAUCUCCCGUGACUUCUAUUGCCUCUGAGUCACCUUCGAUAUCAGACCUUGAUUUUCUUGCAGGACCUUUGCCCAUUCCGCCAGAUUCUGAUGAUGCCGGGUUACUCAAGUUUGAACGAGUUGUCCAGCAAUUGGAUAGGUAAGCAGGUCAUGCCAUCCCUUUUCACUGCUUUCUUUAGUAGGAAUAAAUGUGCACUUACUUUCUUCCCCUCGUUAUUUUUUUCAGCAAUUCUCGGCAAAUGGGUCCAGCAGAAUUGCUUCUCGAAGCUACUUUUACAGUGGUGAGAAAUGGGGGAGGUGUUGAUCUAUCGGAAGCACAUAAGUUUGCGAAAAAGGUAGGCUAUUUAAUUUCUAACUGUUGUGUACUGAAUUUCCCGUUUUACUCGUGAAAAAUUCUGAUGUGAAAUAAUAAUUUUUUAUGUCGUGUAGGACAUCGGAUCGAAAGGAAGUAUUGAGCAGCCAUUUCCAGACAGUUGGAUAUCUACAACAGCCUCGAUCGCACUGGGCACUCUGACGGAUAUAUCCAGCGAGAUUUUACUUGUUCGUGGGGCUGAAGGGGGCUCGACAUGGCGCUCUACCGUGGCAGAAAUUUACCAGUAUUGGUGCAAUGGAGAUAUUACGAAAUGGGUACCCUGCGAAGCAGUUGUACGGAUCGCUACAGCUGAGUUUGAGCGUUUCAUGACACGAGCCACAGAAAAGUUAUCUACAAAUCCUGACAAAAAUAAUGUGCAUGUUUGGUCAAAUCAUCUUAUUGGAUUCUAUUCGGACAUCCUGGGGAAAAAUUUGGUAGCAGAAGAAAUAAUGAUGAAUUUACUGUUGGAGGAAAAAUGCGGAAUAUUAAUUACAGAUCCGAAGUCAUCCUCAAAAAACGUGUAUUCUGAUGAGAAAUCAUCAUCCUCUUCGUCAUCGGGAUCAUCAUCAUCAGGAUCGUCAUCAUCGGGGUCGUCGUCAUCGGGAUCGUCGUCAAGUGAUGGCAAAUCUGUCGACGAACCACGCAUAAAGGAAGUCAACGAGGAUGAACAGCACGCUUCAGAUACCACAAACAAGCCGAAGGUAGGUCCUUUGGAUAAUGAAACAACUGUCGGUGACGUUGAAAUAAAUAGCCAUCCGGAUAAAGAAGUGGAAGAUGAUGCCGAGGAGAACGUUAAGAAGAACGAGGGUGAAAUCAUUGUUGAAGAGCAAGAGGAAUCUGAAGUAACUGCGAGAGCCCAAGAAGGGAACGAAACAGCUGUUGGUAACACUAAGACAGAAAUGAGUGGCGAUGCCGUGGAUAACGUUGAAAGGCAAGAGGAUGACUCCUUUGUGAAAGUCCAAGCAGGUUCCGAAGAUUCCGAAGAGAACGUUAGAAAGCACGCGAAUGGCUCAACUAGCAACGACGAAGUGGACUCCGAAGCCAUCGCGAGAGCAGAAGGGAAUGCGGGAGGCGCCAUCGAAAUCGACUACGGCACAUUACAACGUCAGAAAGUGGACAGAACCGACUUACUACCCAUUGAAACCUUUGCAAGGCUGGACGAAAAAUUCAAUACUCGAGACUCGCCGAACUGGAUGAAGCUCUUGCCGGCUUUGAAGUUACGGUGUGUGGCGGCUCAUUAUUUGCAGCACAUUCUCCUCUCUUUGCGAGAGGAGCAAUUGAUUGGAUUUAUAUCCCAGGAAACGAUAUCGAAUCUUUUGAAUAUAUUGAGCAGGUCACGAAUAUUUGCAGAAAAAGCCGUGAAGAAUGAGGACCUCGCUCACGCCUUUCAAGAAGCCAUGUUUAGUGAAUGGGGAAUAAGCAACGACAUGGGAGAAGAAGCCUUAGAAAAUGUUGCCAGACUCAAUAACACAAAAGGAAGCGCUAUGUUCUUUUUGACCCAAACUGCCAGUGCCACCAAUGGGGUCAUUCGUCUCCUUAGCGAUCUCUACGACCAUGAUGACACCCUAGGCGGAGAGCAAGAUUGGGAUCGUCGAGCGUUUGCUGGACAGUAUCUCUUGAAGAUCAAGGAAGAUAUUUUCCGGAAAUUUACCGAGUCGGAUGCCAAAGAAGGGCACAAGGUAGACCAAAACGUGUGGCGAAACACUACCGAGAGUGGGGUCAAGGUUGCCAUUUACUGCACUUCCUUCGCUUCGGUGGUGGUCGGUCUGCUAAAAGCCAUGUUGUCAUUCGAACCCUCCUUGAUCGAGCGAAACAAAGCCGCCAUCUUCCCGUUGAUGUGCGAGCUUGUUGGCGUUCGGAGUGAAGAGAUUCGCAAACUCGUCCGACGCGUACUGAUCGAAAAAUUUGGUCCAUUGCUCGGGCUGGGACAAGACACCGGUUGGCUUUUGCCGAUGCGCGAUUCCGUCGAAAACAAGGACUCAUUCGGCUGAGCACAACACUAUCAGCGACCGAAGCGGCAGCAAUUGCUUCAUUCGGCUUGCUUGAGGAGAGAAACCGGUUCCUCUAUUGUGUUGGGAAGACUGGAUGUUUUUUAAUAUUUU